CGGGGAUGAGAGGCGCGUAAUCCGCAGCGGAAUAAAGGAAAAUCGAUGGCCGGGACGAGGUGUGUCGGCGACGACAGUCUCGGAAUAUAAACCCUCUCGUUGCUUCGAGUACAGAAACAACGUUGGUCGCGUGAUUUCGCGAGAAGAUUCAGAGAGAUUAUACUUUGAUCUCUCAAACGGCCGAGUGCCGAGUCGCCGCUGCCGCCACCGCGUGAAGUUAAUUGCGACCACGCGCGUUCACCAGGUGAAUAUUACAACCUUCGCCUCGCGAGUGAUUGACUGUCCUUUAUCAUCAUGAUACGCGAAAACAUCCCUCGGUUUGGCAAUCGCACCGAAAAUGUUUGCGGCACGAAUGUCCAAUGGAACUCCCGCGCGACGUAUCGGAUCAGAGUCUGCAAUCCGGAUUAGACGCGAUGAUGCGACAUGCUGGACAGAUCAGCACUCGAGUAGACCGACGAGUGUGAAUCGCUGCGAAUCCGUUUACAUCGGAGAUGCAAGAAAGAAGAAAAAUGCAGAACGGAUUUAAGAUUGACGAUGAUGUCAUUUAUAAAGAUGUUGUAAUCAUAGGAAACGGACCCAGUGGAAUAUGCCUAUCAUAUAUGCUUGCGGGCAAUUGGCCUUACUAUACUGGCAAACCUCAUCCUAGUGAUGAUAUGCUGACGGCGCGACUGCAGUUCUGCAUGACAAAUACCGGCAGCGAGGACUAUGGCGACGCGCAUUCGGAUGAUGCGAUCGUCAACAAUCGACAUCAAUGCGGCAAGUCUGGCGUCGGCAGAAUACAGGGAGGCAGUCUGGCGCGCAGCACACGUUGCAAACUCGAGUGCCUGUCAUCUGGCAUCGAAGGCAGGGGCGGUGGCCGACCGUUGGCCCUUCUUAUGGAUCAUCUGCAGCAUCCAUGCGUCGAUGCCGGCCUCGAUGUGCCCUCGCUUCUCGAUUGGCGAUCCGCCGAUGAAUAUCCCGAACACAAAAUCGUGGAUCACGUUGUCCUUGGCAAGGGCCAACCCGGUGGCUCCUGGCAGUUUAUGGACCCUAAUGUGCUGACUCUCAGUCUGAGCCGAUGGAUGUCUCUUCCCGAUUUGGAUUUGAGACACUGGGAGAAACUUGUUGAGGCUGAACAAUUACAAGAGUCGGUUUUAACCACGGCGAGUGAUGUAUAUACACGGCCAGAAAAAUUAAGUGUUUGCAAGGCGUCCAGCCGGAUUUCCGUAGGCACCGUAGCUGCUUAUUAUAAGGACUACGUGCGCAGAAAAGGCUUGAAACAAUAUUUUCGAUGCGGGACUACAGUUACUUCAGUAAGAUCGGACUCGAACUCACCUGAGAGUGAGGGAGGAUACAAUUGGAUCGUGGACGGAUACGAGAAUAAAAGCGGAAAACGAUUUCGGUAUCGGUGCAGAAGAGCGGUCCUCGCAACCGGCACGACCGAUUUGUCUAACCAUUUAGGCAUUCCGGGAGAAGACACGCAUCCUGACUGGGUGACGCAUGAUCUCAACGAUCUUGAGACACGAUUGGGACGUUUGGUCAAUGAACGUGGUUCAACUGACGAGCAGAUGCAACCGGUGUUAGUAAUUGGAGCUGGUCUUAGUGCAGCUGAUGCAAUUAUGGCGGCACGUUUUCGAGGAAUACCUGUACUGCAUGCGUUCCGCAAUUCAUCGAGCGAAUGGGGCAAAGAAACUGCCGAGAGAAUAACUACUAGUUACGAUCGAUUGCAAUGGCUGCCGAAUUCCAUAUAUCCGGAAUAUCACAAGGUAUACCAAAUGAUGGCUGACGGAGGUACAAAUUAUCCUCUAUACAAAUCUUUGCCGGGAUAUACGCUCGUCAGUCUCAGUGAGAAUCGCGAGGACGAAAACAUGAAUAUGAGAAGGACAGUUAUUUUUUCCGCUCCGGAUGGUCAACUACACACGUUCGAAGUAUCUGUUGCGGCUAUACUUAUCGGAUAUAAACCAGAUUUAUCUUACUUGGAAGGUAACGGUGUAGGGUUGGGUAAGCUAGCGGAUAAGCCGAUUGAUAGCAAGUCAAAUCCGAUUGAAAUUGACGAUUUCACAUACGAGGUGAUCAAGGCACCGAUAAAGGGACUUUACGCCUUGGGACCUCUAACCGGUAACAACUUUGUUCGCUUUGUUUUGGGUGGUGCGCUUGGAAUUCUUGCGCAUAUCUUGUGUACCACAACAUCUGAGAAAUCUGUUAGUCAUUCAUGCGAACCAAUUGUGUCUUAGCAAAGUUGUUUUAUAUACAAGCAUAUUGAAAUAAUAGAAUUGUGUAACUUCUACUGCUCAAUUCGUGUGAAUGCUGAAGAACUUAAUUUACACACAGUUUUAAACAUUUAGAAGAUUAAUUUAGGUAAAUCGGUUUAUAUACAAAUUAUUAAAAUUAUUUUUGUAUAAUAUUUUUUUGCAUACAUUAGUCCUUUGUAAGAAAUUUAAUUGAUAUUUAAAUGUAUCUAUCAUAACUAUUUAAUUGUUUCAUCGAAAUAUCUCAUAGCAGUCAAGAUAAAGAACAAAGAGAUCAAUGUUUAUUUGUUAGGAUAGCAUAAAUAUAAAAAAAGAUAACAAUUCAGAUGCUAUCUUAGAUCUUGUUUUAGAUUUACUUGCAUUUCCCAACAUUCCAUUUGAUAAGAGAAUUAUUUAUAGAAGACAGUAACAACAAUAUAGUUUACAUAAUUCAACAUUUAUAAUUGAAAAUUAUUAUUGAUAAAUGUCAUUUGAAAAUUAUUAUUGACAAAUGUCAUUUGUCAUGACCAACAAAUCCAUACACAGAGAUAGCCUUUGUACAAAUAUGCGAUUUUUCAUAGAGUAAAUAAAAAUAUAAUCUGUAUCAUAAUUAGUUUUAUAAAAAUUGGAUAAUAUACAACGAAACUCUUGACAUAUAUUCUUCCUGAAUAUGUUUAGGAUUAUUCUUUUAAUAGAUAAUUAAAGAUAAAUUUUAUAGAAUUUAAUAGAUAAAUUAAAUAUCUUUUUAUGCACAUCUACUUAUAUAUAUGUUACAUGUAUAUGAAUACUUUUAAUCAAUUUUAUUUUUAUGUGUGGAAUUAUAUAUUUAAUGCAACAGUUUAAUUGCUCUUAUAAGAGUAAUCAAAUUGUUGUGUUAAACAUAUAAGUGCAUUUCUACAUUUUGCAUUAUUAUUUUCUAACAAUUUGUGAAUGAGAACAAACUUUGUAAAGUGAAUUCAGUAAUUAUUGUAUAUUAAUUUUUACAUAACAUCUUUAAUGUGAUGUAACAUGUCUCUCUUAUUAAUAAGCUGUGAUUACUCUUUAGUAUAAUAGGCUAAUGUCCUAUUAUUAAUGUAUCUUAUACAUCUUAGUAAUAUCACCUAUUUAGUACAAAAUAUUAUCAUUAUUGUUAUUACUUAAUAUUAUUUUUAUCUCAUCACUCAUCUCAUUACUUCUUAUUUUUUAUUACUUAAUAGUGCUUAUUUAUACUUAAUUUACAUGCUUGUUAUAUGCAGUUUAUAUAGUUUUGUUUACGAUAUGUUUUGUUUACGGUAUAUAUAUGUUACAUUAAGUUUAUUUUAUUUAAAGAUAUAUAUUAAAGAAAAAGAAAAACAUUCUACUUCUUAUAUUCUUAUUAUAAUUAUUAUAUAGUUAAUGAUAAAAUGCAGUAUAUAUAUUCUUUUUUCAUAUCAAAAAAACGUACAAUGUAUAUAAACUCAUAUGACACAUUAUAUGUACUGUAAUAAUAAGCCUAAUAUAUUUAACAUAACAAUGUUACAACAAAUUUGUAAUUAGGAGCAAAACAAAGUUAUAAUGUACACAAAAAAAGUGAACAUUGAGGAACUUAUUGAUUUAUAUAGCGUAGUAACAUAUGCGUAAAAUUUUUAGAAAUCUUAUUGAUACAAGAAUUGUGUGUGAUAUACUGAUUAGCUAAACAAUAAGACAGGGAAAUAAGACAUAUGUAUAAAUAUAACGAAAAUAUUUAUAAUACACAAUCUGUGAUAGGAGGUGCAAUGUUCAAAAAGUUGCAAUGAAAUAGAAAAAAUUAAAUAGAACAAAUCUUGAGCGCAUUAUAUUUAGUUAUAAAUACAUAUUUUUACACAGAAGAUUUAUAUAUAUAUAUAAAUCUAUAUAUAUAUAUAUAAAGAUUUGGUUCUGUUAAAAAAAAAAAAAAAAAAUGCCCCUGUUCCUUAGAGAAUUUGAUAGAGUACCCGUUUAU